AUGACGUCCAACUCCAGUCUCGCCCACGCCAUAGAAAAAGACGUUCUAACAUGUGUUCUCUGCAAGAAGGUUUUCCAGUCACCCAAAAUUCUGGAAUGUCUUCACACCUUCUGCGAGGCUUGCUUGGAGAAGGUAAUAAUUUUUACUUCGGUGGAUAACUUCAAGUUCCCCUGCCCGACCUGUCGCGCAGAGUGUUACGCCCCACCGGACCGCGCAAAGGGCAUCAAAGACAACGUCUUCUACGAGAAGCUCAAGCGCCUGGUUCAAGAGAGACAAAACACCGACGAACAGCCUGUGUGCGGGCUUUGCUCGGAGGACGCCAUAACGGUACCGGCCACCGUUCGCUGUUUGGACUGCAAGGAUUUUCUUUGCGGUAAUUGUGAGAAAAUACAUCGUAAAAUAAAGAGCUCCCAGCGGCACCAGCUCUUUGCUGUGGAGGACCUGGGCGGGGAGACCUACCAGAGAGAACUGUUCCGACACGAGCUCUCUUUUUGCCCCAAGCACGAGGAGACGGUGCAGGAGUUCUACUGCGUCAAAUGCAAGCAGCCCGUAUGCAUACGCUGUAAGAUUCUCUCUCACGACGACCACAAGUGCGUGCAAAUAGAAAUAGCGGCUCAGGCCCAAGUUAAAGAGAUCCAGGAUUUGUUACAGAAACUAGCGACGCAGAGGGAAAGAUUUGAGAGCACACAAGCGUCUCUCGGGGACGUAGAGACCGGCCUGGAUCACCAACAACGCGAUGUCCAGUUUCGCGUCGAUCACCAACGCCAGGUCCUCCUCUCGCGGAUUGACCAAUACGCAAAGGACAUUAGUAACGAAAUAGACGAGAAGUUUGAAGCGGAGGAAAAGCAUGUCGAGGCAGCCAGCGAAAACGUAGAUAACAUGCUAAUGGCCAUUGAUGGCAUCUCGCAAAUUUCACACCGCCUGACGAAGGAUGCAUCGCCCGCUGAGAUUGUCAAUAUGAAAGUGCAGUGCGCAACGAAAAUUCAGGCUAUCCUUGAGAAGUCCCCUCCAACUGUGCCUGAGAUUCCUAAGCUCUGUUUUAAAUUUUCCCCGACUACUAAUGAACUUCUAAAAGGAGGUUUCGGUUAUUUAUAUUUGGAUGACGGACGCCCUUCGAUGCUUAAUAAAAUCCGCAUACCCCUCUUGUCACGUAAAAAAGAAAGACUCUAUUCUCUCGACGCUUCGACCUCGGGAGACAUAAUCAUCUCUACUUUUUGUGAAAAAGACCCCGCAUUAAACAGGAUAUUCAUAUUGGACAGAGAGGCACGGGCCGUUAAACAAAAAUUUGGCGUUCCGAACAUGUCCAGUAUGACGUAUCUUGCGGCUUCUGUUACGUCACAUCACAAAGAGUGUCUGGUUGUCACAGAUCCUAAGCAAGGGAUGAUUUAUGUUUUCGAUACAGCAGGUAUUUUAAUUUCAUCGCUUAUCUGUCCAAAAGCACUUGCCGUGUCGGCAAAUAGCAAGAAUCAGCCCAUCAUUCAAACGCAUGGUCACCAAGAUGACCGCAUUCAUCGCCUAAACCUAAACGGUGGUGUCAUUAAGUCCUUCUCCGAUGGAAAUGCGGGGGACGACAAAGGUGUUGUCCAGUUAAAACAGUUAUCGUGUUCAAAAUCUAACGGUGAUAUACUCGUGUCCGAUCCAAUGAAUGCUUGUGUUCGUUCAUACAGCCAAGAGGGAGAGCUGAAAUUCACUUACACUUCUCAAGGGGCAGGCUCUACUCCAAGCGAGCCAUUUGUCCCAUUUGGAAUUUGCACUAACGAGAAAGGGGACAUUUUUGUCACCGAUACAAAUAAUAAGACUAUCCAUAGGCUCUCCAGCAAAGGGGAAUUCAAAGAGCUUGUGUUAACUAAAGCGGACGGUUUGUCAUCCGAGCCAAUGGGUGUGGUGGUCAGCGGUAACGGACAGCUGGUGGUCGGUCUCCAGGACGGUUGGGUUAAAGUGUACAGUUACCGUUGACAUCGUUGGCAUACCAAUUCUGACCUAAAAAAGGGGGAAGCACUUAGUGGAUAUUUACCUUGAGCGUUUAAUUCGGAGUAUACGGGAAAGUUGCGUUAAAAAAUAAAU